AUGCUGCUGCUGGCUCGGGCAUCCAAAGCUUGGCACAGGCUUUUUCAGCUCAAGCCUCUGGCCCUCCCUGGGACCCCAGGAGGCAAGGCCCAGCAUGUGAGAUACCAGCUCUUCUCAACGCCAAGCCCUGCAGAGACCGGCAGGCAGGGCCAGCCCCAGGGUCCUGGCCUGCGAACCAGGUUGCUCGUCACAGCCUUGAUUGGGGCUGGACUGGGUGGGGCCUGGCUGGCCGUGAGGGCCGAGAAGGAGCGGUGGCAGCAGCAACAGCGGACAGAAGCCCUGCGGCAGGCUGCUGUGGGCCAGGGCGACUUCAGCCUACUGGACCACCGGGGCCAAGUGCGCUGCAAAGCUGACUUCCGGGGCCAGUGGGUGCUGCUGUACUUCGGCUUCACUCACUGCCCUGACAUCUGCCCCGACGAGCUGGAGAAGCUGGUGCAGGUGGUGCGGCAGCUGGAGGCGGAGCCCGGCCUGCCCCCCGUGCAGCCCCUCUUCAUCACCGUGGACCCCGAGCGGGACACCGUGGCUGCCAUGGCCCGCUACGUGCAGGACUUCCACCCAAGGCUGCUGGGCCUGACUGGCUCUGCCGAGCAGAUCGCCCAGGUGAGCCGCAGCUACCGCGUGUACUACAGUGCCGGCCCCAGGGACGGAGACCAGGACUACAUCGUGGACCACUCCGUCGCCAUCUACCUGCUCAGCCCUGACGGCCUCUUCACGGACUACUACAGCAGGGCCAGGUCGGCCGAGCAGAUCUCGGACAGCGUGCGGCGCCACAUGGCUGCCUUCCGCAGCGUCCUGUGCUAA